AUGUUCUGCCCGUGUUCACACGAGGAGCUCAAGGCGUUUUUGAUGGCCAUCCACCCGCCGCAGCUGCGCAUUAAUGAACAAAACAUCGGCCCGAUCCUGAUGGCCGGUUGCCGGAUGGAAUCCCCGGCAUUGUUGCGGAAAUGUGCCCACAUCCUGCUACAACCGCAGAUCCAGCUGUCGGUGUUCGUGAGGCUGUCGCUGCUCGACCGUUGCUUCCUCCACGAGAUGAUCCCCGCAUGCUUGUCGAUGGUCCAAACGGCCCGAGCACUUGAUCCAGAUGACGCAGCAGAGCACGUACGAUUGUCUAUCCACCCGAGCGCGUGCGGCCAUGAUGGAUCGACUAUCGGUGUUGCUGGACAAACCGGGCAUGCAGCCACAUCAAUGCUUCCGAUGCAAAGCCCACAGCACUUGUUCUGGGGUAACGUGGAUGUGCCCACAGUGCAAAACGUACUCUUCGGACGCGAAUUUAUUACGGAAUACGGCGGCGAGCAGUGGAACUGCCGGUGUUUCCUCCCCUGCAAGGCCCUGGGCCCCCGAAUUCUGCAACUGGGGUCCAGAAUGUGCCCAGCAUUCGAUAGUAAUAAUCAGUUCAUGCUGUGUUUAGUCCGGAAUCCGGAAACGAGUGGGUUCAAGCUUCAA